GCCGCCGUAAAGCGAACCCGGAAGUCGCGCGGCCCUGGCGGCGGUGCUGGCUGCCCAGGAACCGGCUGGAGUUGACGGCCCGCUAUGGGGGGACCCUGCCGCCCCGCCCUGGUUCGGUGUGGCCGGUCCUCGCUGCUAUGGCCGUCGCCGCUGCUGCUGCUGCUGGUGACGGCCGGGGCGUUGCUGAAGCCCGGCCGAGCCUUGCAGAAUGUCACCUCGCAGCUCUUCGGGGCCGAGGCUUUCGGGACGCUGGCCGCCUUCGGGGACUUCAACUCCGACAAGCAGACCGACCUCUUCGUGCUGAGGAGAGAGAGUGAAUUAAAUAUCUUCCUUGCGGACCAAAAUGAGCCCUACUUUAAGCCUAAAGUCAAAUUACUAUUAAGGGAUGUUGUGAUAACCAGUGUAGUUCCUGGUGAUUACGACGGUGACUCACAAAUGGAUGUCCUUUUGACAACUCGUCCAAAAAACCAGCCUAAUGCUGACCUAUCAGUCUGGAUUUUCUGGGGAAAUAAUCAAACUUUAGAUAUAAAUCGUAAAUUUGUAGCAAAUAAGACAUUUUAUGAUGAACCAUUAAUCAUGGAUUUCAAUGGUGAUUUAAUUCCUGACAUCUUUGGCGUUACCAGUGAAUCGAAAAGGCCAGAAAUACUGAUUGGCAGGAAUUUAACGUGGCACCAAAUGCCGGAUGCAGAACAUGCAGUGUUUAAGCCUCAUUCCCAUGCAUUCAUCGAUAUGAAUCAGGAUUUCACAGCAGAUUUGUUCCUGACAACGUUGUCCAAAGCUGGAGAACCUCAGUUUGAGAUAUGGGUGAAUCAGGAUGGAGAUUUUGCCAAACCUCAACACAUAAAGGAAAAACCAAAGGAUGCGGUUGUUAUAGGACAAUCAGUAUUUGCUGAUUUUGAUGGCGACGGGCAGACCGAACAUUUGCUGCCAGCUUGUGCAGAUACAGCUUGUCAAAAAAGUGUCAUCUACCUAUCUAAACUGGGACUGGAUGAGUGGUUUCCAGUGUUGCAGAAUUUCUCCGAUGGCGUAAAUGUAUGGGGUUUUGUUCCACAUAGCAAUGAUCCAACCACAGAUGAAAUUUCCUUUCCAAUCACUCUUCAUAUUGGAGAUUAUAACAUGGAUGGCUAUCCGGAUGCCCUUGCUAUACUGAAAAACACGUCAGGAAGCAACCAACAGGCCUUCCUGUUAGAGAAUGAAGAGUGUAGGAACGCAAGCUGCAAGGGUGCACGCCGGUCAUUUAAGGUUCAUUGGGCGCUGUCCGAUCUAAAUCAAAUCAAGGAUGCUGCGGUGGCCACCUUCUUUGACAUUUACGAAGAUGGAAUCUUGGAUAUAAUUGUCCUCAGCAAGAAUUCUCCUAAAAAAGAGCUUGCUAUCCACGCAUUAAAAAAUAACUUUGAAGCAGAUGCCUACUUCGUUAAAGUCAUUGUGCUGAGCGGCCUUUGCUCAAAUGACUGUCCUCGCAAGAUAACACCUUUUGGUGUGAAUCAACCUGGACCUUAUAUUAAGUAUACCACCGUCGAUGCCAAUGGAUACUUGAAAAAUGGGUCAGCUGGACAGCUGAGUCAGUCUGCACAUUUCGCCUUGCAGCUUCCAUACACCGUUUUAGGUUUGGGUCGGAGCGCUAAUUUUCUCGAUCAUUUAUACGUCGGCAUCCCUCGUCCCGCGGGGGAAAAGGCUACCAGAAAACAAGAAUGGACAGCCAUCAUCCCAAAUUCCCAGCUUAUUGUCAUCCCGUUCCCUCAUCACCUUCCUCGGAGCUGGAGCGCUAAGCUGUACCUGACCCCGAGUAACAUUGUACUGCUAACAGCAAUUGCCUUAAUUGGAGUUUGUGUCUUCAUUUUAGCCAUCAUUGGCAUACUGCACUGGCAAGAGAAGAAAGCAGAUGAUCGCGAGAAAAGGCAAGAAGCCCACCGGUUCCAUUUUGAUGCCAUGUGAUCAACCUUUAUAUCUCGAUGAAGGAAAUAACAUUCGAUCCAAACUAACCUACCGAAUCAUAUACAGACUGAAGGAAGCAUUGUGCUGUGUGGUAUUUGUAAAUGUUGAAAUGUUGUUGGGUUUUUUUUCCCUUUUUAAUUUAUUUGUAAAGCGAUAAGCCUCAAGCCCAUUUCAGAGGAUGGAUUGUAUAUAUUCUCCAUGAUCUUUUAUUUAACAAAUUCCUCUUUCCCUGUAGAUCCUACUUGUAUGCAUUCCAUUUUUCUCACUUUCUUUCCUUAUAACUGACUUUCCUGAAAACACAGUUCUACGUAAAUGCUUGGGCAGGAGGGGGGGUUGGACUAGAUGACCUACAAGGUCCCUUCCAACUCUGUUAAUCUGUAAGGACAAUUGAGUUUCUGUAAGGGUCUGUGAAUUGACGUUUCAAUGAGCAAACAAACAAAAACCCCAACCCUAGUGCCCCUUGAAUAAGUCUGAUUGUCAUUUAUCUCUGCAAAAUAUGACUUCCAUGUUUAUAAUUUAAUCCUCCAACAAACUGUCAGAUUGUUCUGAUUUUACUUGAAAUUUUUUGGAUUGUUUGUCUUAAUUUUUGUAUCCAAUCAAGUGCAAACAAAAGCUUAAUGUCAGAAGAUUAAAGCACCCUAAUAAUAUUGGAGUAAAGGCCGAUCGCAGAUCAGAAACAAAUCAACAUAAUGCAGUCUACCUUUUGAAAUUAUGCCAACCUAAAGUCAUCUGCAGGAUAUACCCCUUUACUUGUAGUUAUCAUGCAAUUAUCCUAAAUUUUAAUCAUGAAAACAGCCAAUAUGUAAAAAUAAAAAAU